UGGGGCUUUGACGAAAUCAAGGCGUUGGUUGAGAAGAAGGACCCCAAGGACAACAAGGUCGUCAUAGUCGACGUCCGCGAACCCCACGAGCUCCUCGAAACAGGCAAGAUCCCCGGCGCCAUCAACAUCCCCAUCACCUCCGCCGUCCAGAGCUUCCACAUCUCCGACGAGGACUUUGAGGACAUGUACGGCUACGCGCGGCCGCCCAAGGACGCGAACCUGCUCUUCUACUGCAAGGCCGGCGUGCGGGCCAAGGCCGCGGCGGGCUUGGCCCAGCAUGCCGGGUGGGAGAGCGUGGGCGAGUAUCCGGGCAGCUGGCUUGACUGGGAGGCGAACAAGGGGCCGGUUGAGGUGGUGAGGGGGAAGGGUGGUAAGGAUGGCGAGGAAAAGUGA